AUGUGGCAAUCAAAGAACCGCGGCAGGCCCGUCCCUGAGUAUUUGGAGCUUCAAAAUAUAAACAAACAGGGGGCAACCGCGCGGGAAACCGUAGAGUGGGCAACACGAGAGCUAAGGCAACGCUAUCCCCGUUUCGAGGCAGACGACAUAAGGCUCACAGAACGCGGAAACAAACUUUUUGAUGAUAAUGGCUCGGUCAAGGUUAACGUAACAAGAUUAAGGGGCUUCAAAGAGGCUACCCGGAGUGCGCUAGAAAGGUUGGAAACUUUGAACGAAAGGGUCGCGCUAGAAAGACGCGCCGAGGAACUACAAGAAACAUUAGACGAAAGGGAAGCAGAUUACAUGAGACAAAACCGACUACUUCUUGAUGCUCAAAAGAGAGAACUUGACGACAAGAAUCAGCAAAUAGUAAAAAUGAGAGAACAAAGAGACAAUGCCCUACGCGAAAGAGACCAAACCCGAAAGGCCUUCGAUUUUACCCUGCAAGACCUGGACAUGAGCAAAGAAGAAGCCAAAAACGUGCAUGUUACCAUAGCCGGCUCUUUGGAGGAACGGCGGCAGCUGGUUGCCGAAAUCAACGCCAAAGAAGAGCAAAUCCGGCAAAGGGAUCAGGCCAUUGAAGAUUUGGAGGGGCAAAUAAAACGACAACAGGAAAUAAUUAAUAACCAGACUCGUCCCGAAGAGGAAAGGGGGGCAGCCCAAAGGGAAGUAGAAACCCUCGAAGUAAGAGUUGCGGAACUGCAGGCGCAAGAGGACAACCUGGAGCGGGAGYUGGGGCUUACCACCAAGGAAAAGGUAAAAAGAGCUCUCAUGAAGUAUGGCGUUCCGCUGGUAUUCGCGGUUGCUAUUAGCGCCGUAGUAGGGUUUAUCCUUAGCUCCCUUAAGGCUACAGGCGCAGGCCUUUACCUUCCCAUGGCAAUCGGCGACCAUGUGGAAAGUCCAAACGGAUUGAUUCUCGAGGCUGCUGGGGUUCGGCUCUACGGAGAAAUGCGCAAGGUCCCUGUUGUUCGUCUUAUUUCUCAUAGGCUGCAGUAUGCCGUUGUCAUCCAAGAACCUAAAGCCCACCCAUCGUCCAGAGAAGGGAGUAAAGGAGUAAUACACAUCGACAUUUUGAAGAAGUUCAACAUCUCUGUCGCAAAUUUACCCAAAAAAGUCCGAACACAAGACAGCACGUACGAACAGUUAAAGCAAGGAACAGAUAGAACGUCAACAGACGCCGCUAGCGCGGGCGCUUCUCCAGAAAUAAGAAGUCCUUCCCGCAAAGUCCGAAGAGUUCGAUCGCCAGCCUCGAAGAAAACUUUGACUUUUGAACGCGAGGCACUUAAAGAAAACCUAGUUACCAAAGCUUUAAAUAUUGACGAUCUUCAGCUAGGUGCUGAAACUGCAGACAUUAAAGUUGUCAUAGCAUACCCGAGCGGGAAUGUUGUUGUGAAGAAACAUUUUGACAGCRUAAGUAAGGCUAUAAUAAGAAAUAUUUCACUGAAGCAUUGGCAGCAUGCUAUAAGCUCUAUUUUCAYCCAUCAAACCCUCCGCGAAGAGCUUAUUGCAAGUUAG